AUGGAGCAUACGUUUAUGACCAUUCACUCAACGGACCCUGAUGCUGUCAUCCUGUUCGUAUCCGACUCAGUCUACGACAUCCUGGGCUAUACUCCGCAGGAGGUGCAGGGAAAAUCAUGUUUCGAAUUCUUCCAUCCCGAAGAGGUACCGUUCGCUCGUUCAAUUCACAGUCGCGGGGUCCUGCUGGACAAAGCCGCCGUGCUCCACUAUGUUCGCAUCCAGGCGCGCGAUGGUCAGUGGGUGAGCUGGCGAGCCAUCGAAGCCCCCCAGAUCCGCCGCAUAUUCUCGUCUUCGCCUCGAGACCCCCGCUAUCACAUGUUGGAGCACCUGUCGCCAAAGUUCAGGAUGCCCCCGGUCGAACGGGAACCGCGCGCUGCUCUUAUUCUGAACAGAUUCACCAGGACGCUGACUGUUAUGUUCGCGACCAAUGCAGUGGCUUCUAUCCUUGGCGUCCGACCGGAUCAGAUCAAGGACAAGAGCUUUUACGAGUGCAUUCAGGAAAAUUGUCUUCCGGAUGCCAUCCGGUGCUUGGAAAGUGCAAAGGCCAAUGACUCGAUCGCGUACCUGAGGUUUUGGUACAGAGACCCGCGUCGACCAGAGGACUUUGAGGACGAGGAAGACGACGACGAGCAUAACAGCGGCAACUCUAGCGAUUCUGAGGGUGGAGGCGUUCAGCUUGACAGUCGUAUGGAUGUCGACGACGAACCACCAAUCAAACAGGAAGACACAGGUCGACCUGAUCUUUCGGCUCACAGCUCUGCAUCACAGACGGCAACCACCAUGGCUUCGGGCUCUAGCAGCAGAACGCAGCAGACUUCGGCUACGACCGCUCCGUCGACUGCUGGGCCGGCAGACCAGAGGUCGCCUCCUGCCGAGCCUCUGAGGAACCGUCGCCGUGAGCCGAACCCUACAUUUGAAUUAGAAGCGGUUGUGUCAUGCACGUCUGAUGGACUUGUUGUUGUACUGCGGAAGGCCCGCCCUCCAAUUCCCGCUCCUCACCCGCCUUUGCUCACUCCCACUUACACCAACGGCCUUUUCGCGGCGCCAUGGGGCCAUCACCCUAUCCGACCGCAAGCCCCCCAGGACAUGCUUUAUGCAUUUAGGCCUCCUCUCAUGCCGCAGUACAUGCCUCUUCGUGACAACGUCAUGGCCAUUGGUGGCCCGCCGGUCGAUCACCUGAUGAGCUCCAUUCGGGAUGUCGCUGUUUUCGCGUGGGCCCUGGUCGGUAUCAACGGAAAUCUUGCCACAUACACACGCGGCUUGCCACGAGGCGAAGCGCAGCCUGAUGGUUUGCCAGUUUGGGAUCCAACUGCCGGCAAUAUAUCAUACUCGGGACCAGAGAACCAGGCCGUUCGUCGAUGGGCCGAUUAUGACGAGAAGCACAGGAACGGGUUCGGCCCAUCAUCCUCGGAAUAUGAGCAAUCGCGUUCUCAUGAAUCAUCAUCCGGAUACUCACAUGCGCCUCAAAUCGGCAGGAGCAAUUACACUUAUUCGCAACCUCCUCCUGUAUGGCCCGGGCUGCAACCUGCAUACACAUCUGCGUAUGACCAGUACGGCAGAGACAACCCUAACCAGACCCAAAAUAAUUCAUUGCAUCACCAGCACCGUCAUAACCAGAACGAGCACCAGCACCAGCACCAGCAACAACACCAGCAGCAUCAACAGCAGCAGGGAUCCGCGCAACAGCGUCAGCCGUGGGGUGAAACCCCUCCGCCAUACAACGGACAGAGUCACUCGAACAACAAUCGGUACCCCUGGCAGUAA